AGAAAUGAGUUUUUUAUUAAAAUGCUAUUUUUCUAUAGGCUUGAUAACAUACAGCUAUCUCAGUGUAGAACUGUUGUCCUAAAGUUGAAAGCAUGAGGUCUUUAGUACGGUAUUGGCAGUUAGUUAUUUAGGGUUACGUCUGGUCUGCGUUACCUGUGCAGUACUACUGUAUCACCAGUAGGUGGUAGUCCCUUCUAACCCUAAAGGAGACUUUACCUGCAAGUUUUCUUGUGCCUGCAUUGCCCCAUUUCUAAAGCUGGAGUGAGAAUUGAUUAUGGAAGAUUCCCACAAGAGUAACACUUCGGAGACAGCACCUCAGCCUGGGUCAGCAGUUCAGGGAACCCAUCUUUCCCAUAUUGCUCAGCAGGUAUCAUCUUUAUCAGAAAGUGAGGAGUCCCAGGACUCAUCUGACAGCAUAGGCCCCUCACAGAAAGCCCACGGGAUCCUAGCACGGCGUCCAUCUUACAGAAAAAUUUUUAAAGACCUAUCUUCUGAAGACACAAGGAGCAGAAAAGGAGACGGAGAAAACUCUGGAGUUUCUGCUGUCACUUCUAUGUCCGUUCCGACUCCCAUCUAUCAGACUAGCAGUGGACAGUACAUUGCCAUUGCCCCAAAUGGAGCCUUACAGUUGGCCAAUCCAGGCACAGAUGGAGUACAGGGGCUUCAGACAUUAACCAUGACAAAUUCUGGCAAUACCCAGCAAGGCACAACUAUUCUCCAGUAUGCACAGACAUCUGAUGGACAGCAAAUACUUGUGCCCAGCAAUCAAGUGGUAGUACAGACUGCAUCAGGAGACAUGCAGACAUACCAGAUUCGUACCACACCUUCAGCCACUUCUCUGCCACAAACUGUGGUAAUGACAUCUCCUGUGACUCUUACAUCUCAGACAACUAAGACAGAUGACCCCCAAUUGAAAAGAGAAAUAAGGUUAAUGAAAAACAGAGAGGCUGCUCGAGAAUGUCGCAGAAAGAAGAAAGAAUAUGUGAAAUGUCUGGAAAAUCGAGUUGCAGUCCUGGAAAAUCAAAAUAAGACUCUCAUAGAAGAAUUAAAAACUUUGAAGGAUCUUUAUUCCCAUAAAAGUGUUUGAUUCUUAACAAAAAAAAUAUUUUUGUGUGGACUUGUUUAAAAUUAAAUGUAUUUGUUUUUAGUGGAGUUUUAUAAAUUACAAAAAAAAGGUCAAAAGUGAAGCUUUUUAUUUAGGCUUUUGCCAUUCAAAGAAAGAAAAGAUACCUUGCAACAUACCUUGUGACAGAGGAUAAUGUGGAAAGUGACCUUAAGGAAGCUACUGGCACAACUGGAAGCUUUGUAAAAAUUAAACAUACUCAAGAAGCAAGAGAUGAACUUGCAGCAAUUUGAAUUUUCUAAGUAACAAUAAUCAUCAGUCCAAAGACGGCAGAUGAAGAUGAAAUUUGGUGAAUUGGAUUUAAAAAAUAAAUCAGUUUACCCUGUGGUUUGCAUUUCUUAAUGUUUUUCUGAAAUUGACCUUUUUCGGUUGUGCGUGUAUUUUAUUUCUGCCAAUUCUAAAUUACAAAGGUAAAAGGAAAUCUCACACAUGACUAAAUAUAUAAAUUAUGUGUUCUGAUUGUGUAUGCUGGUUCUAUUGUCAGGUCUUUUAAAUGGGUUUUUAAAAGUUUGUGUGUUGGACUUGAGAGAGUUUUUGGAGGCUGAGUUACGUAUUAUUGAGGUCUUGUCCUAAAAGGCAUCUAAGACACAUGAAUGGAAAUUUGGUGAUUUUUGUAACAUUUUUUUAUCAGAAUGGAAAGAGAACUGUUUAAAAGUUUGAUACUCUUAAAUAGUUUGUUUUUUGCUUAUUCUGAUAAUGGUGAUUUUCUACAACUAUAUAAUAAAUUUUUUUGAUUCUAUA